AUGGGCGUGGAACAAACGAAUGGCGUGGUGAACUACUGCAGACGACCCCCGCAGAGACCCUUCCUCCAGAAGAUCCAGUAUGCGAUUUGGGAUCCUGAGGAGCGAAAGUUUCUGGGCAGGACGCCGAAGAGAUGGGGUGUGAUAGGACUCAUCUACCUGGUGAUGUAUAUCUGUAUCGUGAUCUUCUUCUCCAUCUGUAUGUGUGGACUUCUGGCCUCGGUGGACGAACAUGUGCCUUACUUCACGUUGGCAGAGUCUAUCAUUGGAAACAACCCUGGAAUGGGCCACAGACCGAUAGUGUUCGAAGAAGGUGCUCUGAUCUGGUACAAAAUGGACAAUGAAACGUCAUACCAGAAAUAUAUUGAAAAUCUUGACGGAUUUCUAGCGCCCUACAAGAAUAAAUCUCUCCUUAUCAACAAAGGAGUGAACCAGAUAGAUUGUAAAGAAAAUAGACCAAAGGCUGGCGAGGUUUGCCUCUUCGACACUUCCCUACUGGGGCCGUGCGGCGAAAGCGGUUACGGAUACGAAGAAGGAAAACCUUGUCUCAUUAUAAAACUUAAUAAGAUUUACGACUGGCAACCUGUUUUCUACGAUGACCCAGGGGAUUUACCGCCCGACAUGCCCCCUGACAUUUUAAAAUACUUCAAUUCUACUACAUCGCCGCAAGAGAGACGUCAGGUAUGGCUGUCGUGCAAGGGUGAAAGACCAGCUGACACAGAAGCACUGGGGCCAUUAAAAUAUUGGCCCCACCCUGGUCUACCUGAAGUCUACUUCCCUUAUAACAACACUCCAGGGUACCUCAGUCCUUUGGUUGCUGUGCAGUUGAUGAAUCCUAUACACAGCCAGAUAAUUAACAUUCGCUGUCGUGCUUGGGCUCGUAAUAUCGUAUUCACGGAGAGCUUGAAGGAGAGGCUCGGCUCCACUCAUCUGGAAAUCAUGAUCGACUGA